AUGACUCUAGUCGACAUCUCCCCAAACACCCUCGAUGCCCGCACUAGAACCGAUGCUGUCGAGCUCAGUGAUCUGUCCAGUUAUCUCGAUGCAGUCACUCACUUCUCCUCGAUUGAUGACCGCAAGUUCCUGGCAAGUUGUCUCGAGAAUAUCGUGACGCUCAUGAGCAGGCUCUCGACGCAUCCAACACUGGGUUCAAUAACCGCGAAGCUCCAGGACGCGCUAAUCGACAUCCUUUACAAAGACUUGCCACACCCUCCAAGCAGUUAUCUGAGCAUCAUGCCACAAACUACGCCACCAAUAGACUCUAAUCCCUUCGUUUAUGCAUUCCGAAGCGCCAACGGCUCUAAUUAUAACCCUCUCAUUCCUACCUUGGGAGCUGCUGGUUCCCCAUAUGCUCGAUCAGUUCCUUCAACCUCCCACAUCCCUCCCGCGACAUUACCCGAUGCAGGACUUGUCUUUGACACCCUCUUGAAACGCGAAAAAUUUAUUCCCCACCCGGGAGGCAUCAGUGCUCUAUUUUUCGCCUUUGCAGAUCUCGUUAUUCAUAGCAUCUUCCACACGGACAGCCACAACCCCACGGUAAACUUGACAAGCAGCUACCUUGAUUUAAGUAUUCUCUAUGGCGAUUCGCAGGCUCAAUGCGAUGGUGUGCGCAGCAAAGAUGGGCGUGGUCAACUACACAAAGACGUGUUUGCAGACAGCCGACUGCUGUUCAUGCCUCCUGCAAGUUGUGCUCUAUUGGUUCUAUUGAAUCGCAACCACAAUUAUAUUGCCCAAAAAAUCCGGGACAUCAACGAGAACGGCACCUACAAAUCCGAGUUCAAGGACAAAAAGGAAAGAUUGGGACAAGAUGACGAGAUCUUCAACCGAGCAAGGCUUGUGAACUGUGGUUACUUCAUGAAAAUUAUUCUGGGAGACUACGUUGGUGCAAUUCUCGGCCUUGUUCGAGAUGGUUACAGCUGGCGUCUCGACCCUUUGUCUCAAUCGCGUUCAGCGAACCACGCUUUGUCACCGAGAGGGGAGGGUAAUGUGGUCUCUAUUGAGUUUAAUCUGCUGUACCGCUGGCAUGCAACACUAUCUGAGAAGGACACGCAAUGGACGGAAGAUCUCUUCAAAGGAAUCUUCGAGAGAGAUGAUGUUGAGAACAUUUCCAUCCGCGAGUUCAUUCAGGCUGCGCACACAAAGCUGACUGCAGAUCCGGAUCCCAGAAAGUGGACAUUCGACAAGCUGGAACGUCGCCCUGACGGUCGUUUUCAAGACUCUGAUCUUGCCCAAAUCUUGCAAGAUUCGACAUCCUGGCGGGCUGGCUCUUACAAGGCUCGAGGAAUUCCCAAGGUUCUGCGUGUCAUAGAAGUUCUCGGGAUUGAACAAGCUCGUCGAUGGGGAACAUGUUCCAUGAACGAUUUUCGUCGCUUCCUUGGCCUGAAACCCUUUGCUACUUUUGAGGAGUGGAAUGCCGACAAGGAAGUCAGCACUGCGGCGAAGGCGCUGUAUAAGGAUAUUGAAAACCUUGAACUCUAUGUCGGUUUACAAGCAGAAGAAGCUAAACCCCCUAUGGCAGGUGCUGGACUUUGCCCUGGUUACACGAUCUCGCGGUCGAUCUUGGCCGACGCUGUUUGUCUGACACGCGGUGACCGCUACCUUACGGUGGAAUUCACGCCGUUUAACUUAACUGCCUGGGGUUAUCAUGACUGUCAAUUCGACACUCAGGAUGGUUCAUAUGGCGGUAUGCUCACCAAGCUUCUCUUUCGCACUCUUCCAGACCACUACCCGCCACGCUCCGCAUAUGCCCACUUUCCUUUCCUUGAUCCAGAGUACAUGCGCAAGAAUCUUCACGAAAACAACCCUGAACUAGAGACAAAGUACACUUGGACACGACCCAUCAUCUCACCCGGGGCAGAAAAUGUCAUCGUUAUUAAAUCUCCUGCAGGAGUUCGUCAGGUUCUUGAAGACAAGACUGUAUUCCCAAGGCCAUACGCACAUCGACUAAAAGCAGUGGUCGGUCCGCGUGAUGUCGACAGUUCCUUUGUGCAACGCAUAUUACUCUCGGAACUCCACAAAUGGUCAGACUAUUUCGCUGCCAAAACUCAGUGGUUGGUUAAGAGGCACUGUCUUGAUCACAUCGGAAGUCCCAAACCGUUACAAUAUGUCGACAUUGUUCAAGACGUUAUCAAUCUGCUUCCUGUUCAUUGGAUCUGCGAGGAUUUGGCUGGACUGCCUCUUCUCGGUGGAGCCAAAGGAGAACAAGCCCAAUAUCAAUCGUUCUCUGAUGUAUGCCGAUACGUCUUUUUGAACACAGAGCCCUCGCACGAUUGGCGUCUGCAUGAAAGCUCUCUCAAGACCUUUCAUGACUUCAGCAGCACAGUCAAGAAGCACCUGGGCUCAUGGCUCUUUGAUCCUGACCGUUCAUCACGUGUGGCGGUCCUCAACAAACUCUACUCCGAAAAGAGCGAUGUGGAUGUUGUUGCGACCGCGCUAUUCAUGGAAGUUGUCCCCACAGCAGCGCACUGGUCACAGGCCGUCGCUCAUAUUGUCGAUUUCUACCUGGAUGACGCCCGAAUUGAAGAUAGACGGCGCAUCGUGGCUUUGUCCAAAGUCAAAUCAUCGGAGGCCACUGUAGAAAUAGGCGCACUUAUCCGCUCAGCUCUAGUCGCCAAUCCACCUGUCUGGGGGGUCUAUCGCACUGCGGCGCAAGCAGACACAGUGGUCGACUUUAUCAAGAUUACCCAGGGCUCACGAAUAUUCGUCAGCCUUAAGGAAGCUAAUGUAAUGUCGCUUCCCAUCUCGAAACACUGGAUUCAUGUUCCUUUUUCCAAGGCUGCUAACCCACAUAGUCCAAUUUUGGGUAUCGGAGAGAAUGGGCUAUUGGCUUCUCAGUUUUUCGAGGCUACAGCAGCGCAAACUAUUGGUCAUAUUCUAGGGUUGAAGGAUCUAGAACGGGCUCCUGGGUCGUCAGGAAAGUUCAAUCGCUUUGUUGAAUCGGUUCAUGGGGCAGAGCAACAAUGGUAUGUUGGUGCACACUCAGAACUGAUUCCUUGGCCGGAAUCCCUCUUCGUCCAGUUUUCCACGUAA